AUGGCUAAUCGGCUGGGAAACAACCGGGCUGAGGAUGCUGAGUCUUUCCUUGAAAAAACAGAGAAGAAAUUGGACUCGGUGAGAGAAUUUUUCCAUGUUGAUCAGACCGCCAUCAUUCGACGCAUCCAUCUGUGCGAAGGCCAGGAUCCACGAAUUGUUUUUCUUUCGGCUAAGGAAAAGGGGCGUUCUACCAUCAGCAACCAAUUCAAACGUUUACUUGCUGUUCGGUUUCUGGCGUUGCAAUAUGAGAAAUGGCUCAUGCAUACAACAGGAGAACCUUUAGAGGCAGCACUUUGCAAUAACCGACUCCACAACCAUGGCCAGUGGAAGGCCUUCAUUCGCAAACAGCGUCUCCCAGGAAAAUCACAAUGCCGGGGCUGGGUUGAGUCUGGCCAGAAGCUCCUCAAAAUCGAACGUGAAACUUGCAUCCCAGGGAUCUCACUUGCGUUUAUUCCUGUGCUACCACGGAUUCCGCACCUCUAUAAUGCUGAACUCGAGAAUUCCAUCAAUAGUUUAAAGCACGGCUAUCCUGAGAUUAGAGAAUUGGCACAGGAUCUUGAGAAAUUUUCAGACUACUUUGAUACCUACAGCAAAUAUAUCUGCCGGCAACAAGAAGAGUCGCACCCAAAAAGGGAAAUUGCACAAGAAGAGUCACCCAUACCCGCAGCUAUACUUGCAUAA